AUGGACGAGUUAAGUGACAUCCACAUGGACGACCUUGCUGACAAGGAGAAUGUGGAGCAGAAAGAAAUGGAGGAGCACAAAGUCUCCGCCCGGUAUAAGGCCAAGCACGAAGAAAGGCUAGGGCAAGAGAUUGAGAGUGUUGAGGACAUGGUGACUACUUUGAUAGUGUGCUGUGGUGCUAGCUAUGCACUGGAUAAGGAGAUAGGGUUAACAUUGAGGGAGAGAGGCAUAAAAUCUAGGAAAGAGUGGCAGGAUUAUAUCGACACAAUGAAAAGGGAUGGGAGCAUCCUAUCAGAAUUGUGUGAGGAGCUAAAUGUGGACACUUCGCAGAUAGUGCCGAGCGUAAAAGGCCUGAAGAAGUCUGCAGCUGGUGUCAAAGCAAUGAUCGAGGACGAGGAAAAUACUGGAGGUAUUUCACAAGGAAGUACUUAUUCAAAGGAAGAUAAAAAUGUUGCGAGGUUGCAGAGGCAGAUAAUGGUCGAAGCGCCGAUUGGAGUGCCCUCCGAACGCAGCUGGAACAAUUAUGCGACAGCUUCGGCAAGGGAAGCGCACAACGCAGGUAGAUCUCUUGAAAAUGCUCAGAUUCUCUUGAAGAACUUAUGCCAUUGGCCUGAACAUGUUCAAUUGAAUGGUGCGUUACAUCGCGCAAGCCCGGGAAAAGCGUAUGAUGAAGUCAAACAGUUAGCCCUCAGUAUUGAACAGUCGAAGGCAAUGUUUGGGAAAGAUGUCCAAACUGUAUAA